UUCCAUUCAGAAAACUUGGCCAUGGACACCCAGAGGCAGGCUUUCCUUUUUCCUGUGUGUACAAAGCGGCACUCUGUAUUUUCGAGGAGUUCUAAGAAACUAUAUAAUAUUUCUGUAUACCGUAGGAAGUGCUGUUAUAGUUGUUCAAGUACUUCAACGAGUGUACGAGAAACCUUCCGAGUAUAUGCUACAGGUAGAAAGGCAGGAGGUGCACAGUUGCUUGAGAAGAAGAAACAGAAACGAGUCCAAUCGGAGUCCAAAACUCAGGGGGAUCCCGGAAAACCAUACAAAGUUUUGCUAUUUAACGAUGAGACACAUACAAAACAAUACGUACUUGAAACUUUAUUGCGAGUUAUACCAGGAAUGACUCAAGACCAAGCAGUUGGUAUUGUAGAGACAGCACAUACUACUGGCUCGGCAGUUGUGGGUGUAUGGAUAUUUGAACUUGCCGAAGCAUACUGUGAUGGUCUUCGUAGCAAUGGGUUAGGGUCAGAUAUCGAACCAGACGCUUGAAUGCUUGCUUGGGGUGUGUGCUAGUGGAUAGUUCAGGAAUAUUUUGAAAAUAAAGUCUUUCUUGCAAGGAAGCAAUCCUAGUGAUUGCCUUACCUUGGCGCUUUACCUACUAGUUGUUUCCAACAAGUGUCUAAAUAACACCGAUAUGGAAACUAUUUUUUAAAAAUCAUUAACUUGAGAAUCUUCGAGGUACUAUGUACACUAAUGUGUUUCUUGCGAGAAGCUUUACAAAACUUCAAAAUGAGAAAAUGAAAUGUUGCUGAGGGUUCCGCAACACUUCAUCAUGAAAGGGACAGGUGUGCGCACCUUUUGCGCCAAAAAAAUCGAGUGGAAAUGACCAAUCAGAGAAAAAUGCGAAUUUG